AUGGAGCAAGCAAUUGAGAGGUCUCCGAAUGGACAAAGGGGUUUCAGAGUUCAAGCUCCACUGGUAGACUCUGUGUCAUGCUAUUGCAAAGUUGACUCUGGCCUGAAAACGGUGGUUGGCGCCCGAAAAUUUGUUCCGGGCUCAAAAAUCUGCAUCCAGCCAGACAUCAACCCUCGUGCCCACAAGCCCAAGAGCUCACGGCGUGAGCGCACCCGUAUCCAACCUCCCCUCCUCCCGGGCCUGCCCGAUGACCUGGCCAUUGCCUGCCUCAUCCGGGUUCCACGUGUCGACCACAACAAGCUCCGUUUAGUCUGCAAGCGCUGGUUCAAGCUCCUGGCCGGAAACUUCUUCUACUCCCUGCGCAAGACCCUCGGCAUGGCGGAAGAGUGGGUCUACGUCAUCAAACGCGACCGGGAUGGCCGUAUCUCAUGGCACGCCUUCGAUCCAACCUACCACAUGUGGCAGCCUCUGCCCCCUGUCCCGCUCGAGUACAGCUCAGCACUCGGCUUUGGCUGUGCUGUUCUUAGUGGCUGCCAUUUAUACUUAUUCGGGGGAAAAGACCCUUCGAAGGGUUCCAUGAGAAGAGUCAUCUUUUACAGCGCUCGCACGAAUAAAUGGCACCGGGCCCCCGACAUGCUCCGCAGGCGCCACUUUUUCGGAUCGUGCGUGAUAAAUAACUGUUUGUACGUUGCGGGUGGGGAGUGUGAGGGGAUUCAGAGGACUUUACGGUCGGCCGAGGUUUAUGACCCGAACAGAAACCGGUGGACCUUCAUAGCGGACAUGAGUACGGCCAUGGUGCCAUUCAUUGGCGUUGUUUAUGGUGGAAAGUGGUUCUUGAAGGGGCUAGGGGCCCACAGGGAGGUGCUGAGCGAGGCCUACACGCCGGAUAAUAACUCGUGGAGCCCGAUUAACGAUGGGAUGGUGUCUGGGUGGCGUAAUCCGAGUAUUUCUAUAAAUGGGAAGCUUUAUGCCUUGGAUUGUCGUGAUGGGUGUAAGUUGAGGGUUUAUGAGGAGAGUACCGAUUCUUGGAGUAGGUUUAUGGAUAGCAAACUACAUCUCGGGAAUUCAAGGGCUUUAGAAGCGGCGGCUCUUGUGCCGCUCAACGGGAAGCUUUGUAUAAUUCGGAAUAACAUGAGUAUAAGCAUGUGCGACGACUUGGGCGACGCUCAAGAUCGUGACUUCUGGCGCAGAGGUUUGGGCGAAUUUCGGCGCAGAGGUUUGGGCGAAUUUCGGCGCGAGGGUUUAGGUGAUGCACAGGACCGCGGCUUCCGUCAUCAAGCUUUGACGGCGCGUUUGGCGACUAGCAGGGAUAGUCGCCCGCGGGUUGGGAAUCCAAUGAGCCCCAUGCCUACCGUCGUGCAGCCGCGGGCCGUGGCGUCCACUAAGGGCAGUAUGGUAACCAGCGUCGCGUGGGCUGGAGCCUUGACGAGGACUAGGGUAUCGACCAACGACAAGGAGGUGUCGGUGACCAUCUAUGGGAGGGCGCCUUCGUGUGGACAUACCCGAAUUCUCGGCUCUUGA